CAAAUUGCCGAUUUGAAAAACGGCCAGGCAGUGGCUGGCGAGAUUAGAUGGACCAUCAGUCCAUGAUCGAUUCAGUAAGCCAAGGCCAAAAUUUCUUGGAUGGCUGUCGGUAUCCACGCGACUUGGGUCUUCGUAAAGUCGGUCCUGGAUGCAUUGAGUUCUCGUCGUAACUUUUGUCCGUCCCAUCACUCAUGCGUCACGUGAUGCCACCUCCUCUCCCACGAUCUUUGACCAUCCACGCCUGAACCUUGUCUCCAAAGCGUAUCACUUGGUAUUCAAUAUUUCAAGAUGUGGGCCCUCUCUGAAAAACCUUUGUCUCUGGCUAUUGUGGCCAAGCGCCGCGCUUUGACCCCCUUCUCAUUUAUAACCACCACUGCCCUGGGUUGCUGUUGAGUGCGUCCCAAUUUGCUCUCCCUCAACAAUGUUCACCGCUCACCCCCAGAUCGACGCAUUCGACCCUGUUUGGGAUGAUUCCUGCUGCGAAAAUGACGGCCUGUCGCAGUUGGAAGUCGGACUGCGCACCGUCACGUUCUCGUCAGGUCCAUCGCUUUCGGUAGAAAUAGAUAGCUGCCAGAGUGGGGACGAUUUCUUGUAUGAGAUGAGGGUGUAUCGGGGCAGAAUGUACUCGAUUCGCGAGUUGAGUGUGGAUUUGUCAAACGCGCAUCCGGCGCCCACAACUGCACAGCUGGACGCCUGGACAGCACAUAUGCUCAAACUGAUAAAUCUAUCGACGCUCGUUAUCCGACAAAGUUCAGCACUCGUCAGCCGGCUAGCAUCGCACAGCUACUCCGGGCUGGCGUGCGUAACCUUGUCUCCCUCACCAGCCAUCUGGUCCUUCCUCGCAAACCACACCCAACUCCGCGAGAUCCACAUCAAGGGCCGCGUCUCGCAGUCCCUCCUCGGCCCCCCACCCUACGCGUUCUCCACCCUCACCUUCCCCGAGCUCGAGAUCUUCGAGGGCCCCCCGACCCUCGCGCGCGCCGUCAUCCCGCGCUCGAAGGUGCACACCGUGACCCUGCACAUGGAGUCCGACCGCGCGCCGGCCGCCCCACACGACCCGACGGAGAUCGCCUUCCUCGCCGCAUCGCACGCGACGGUCACCGCGCUCAAGGUGUACACGCCGACGUGGGCGUCCCCGCCGCUCGCGCAUAUCGCGUGGGCCGUGCCGAACCUGCGUGCGCUUGAGCUGCGCACGGCGGCCCCCGCGCGCGUCGCGGAGCUCGAGGCAUUCGUCGAUGCGAUGCGCUGGGCGGGCGGGCUGUGGCUGCUCAAGCACGUGCGCUGUCUCACGCUCGGGACGAUGGCGCCCGUGCCGAGCGAUGCGAGAUGUAUGAGCGCGGCGCGGUGCGAGGUCGUGAAAGACCGGAUGGUCAGCAGCUGGCCGACGUUGUUGAAUGUUGAGCUGCCUCAGGCCUAUCAAGCUUCUCGGGGAAAGUUUUGAUAUCGAGGUGGGUAUGUUGAGAAUUUGUAGUCUCUUGUAUGUAUCCU